GAAGGCUUCCCUCCCACAGGCGUGCAUGUAUUUUCAUGUUCAUGUAUGGUUGCAUGGUCACUGCAGUUGUUUCUGCAUGCAUGGCCGCGGUAGGGCGGGCUGCAGCGCAUUUGCGUGAGCGGGGCCGGAUUUAGAUUUAGGGCGGGUUGCAUUUGCGUGAGCGAGGCCGGAUCUCGCGCAGGCAGCCCUCAGUGCGGUGAUCCGACUCGCGAGCGCGGCUGUGCGGAAGUCUUUUCAUCCCUACUGCUGCCGCCGCGAACACCAGGGGCUCCGAGUCCUGAUCAGCUCUUCUUCUUCUCCUCCUCUUCCUCAUAACUUUCUGCUCGAGCUCGAGUCGGAAAAAAAACGUUUUCGAUUCGACUUUGAGUUUCCGUUCGCAUCUGGAGUGUCUGUUACCGUCGUCCUUUACAGGGUGAUGGCAAGACCAAGCCACAGUGAUCAUGUCCUGCAGCAGCUCAACAACCAGCGGGAAUGGGGUUUCCUGUGCGACUGCUGCAUCGCCAUUGGUGACAUUUACUUCAGGGCCCACAAGGCUGUGCUGGCAGCCUGCAGCUCCUACUUCAGGAUGAUGUUCAUCCGAGAUCAGCAGGGUACGGCACGCCUUGAUCUCAGCAAUAUGCAGAUCAGCGCAGAGUGCUUCGACCUCAUCCUGCAGCUCAUGUACCUUGGCCGGAUCGUCGUGGGACAUUACGAGUUCGAAGAACUAAAGUCAUCCAUGGCUUAUCUGCAGAUGUACUACAUCCCUGACUCGUUGGAGGAUCUGAGAGACAUCCGUGCAUCUAAUCUUACUCCUUCUUCCUCCGCUUCCUCGUCGUCAUCCAGUUCCUCGUCUUCCUCCAGCGUGGUAGGAGGGAAGAUGAUGUUUGGGGUUCGCAUGUUCGAGCAGCAGAGGCCGAGUCCUGCUAAAAGUGACCAUGUGCCUAAAAUUUCAAACCCAGCAACCCAGCAAAACGUUAAUAUAUCUAGUGUAAGGCCGGUCGAGGAGGUGGUGCUUCCACUUCCUCCGGUGCACUCUGAGAAUCUUGUAGAGCAACCGUGCGAUCUGAGAAAGAGAACCUCUGGCCGAAGCGCCACCUUGAAAGAGCGUCCUCGGUUUGGACGCACUUAUACGUGUGAUGACUGUGGGUUUGUCUUCAGCUGUGAGAAGCUUCUCAUUGAACACAUCCUCACCUGCACGAACCGUAAGGCAUUCCAAGCCCCGAGAGUUGGCAAAGCCGCCGACAGCGACUCCAGCAAAGGUGAGAGCUCGGCUUCUGAAGGAACCGGAGAACAGAGAGCGGUUUGUAAAGGUGAGGAAGACUGGCCCGACCACAAGUCCGAUACCGAAUCUGUCAUCAGAUCCAUUGCCACUGGGAUGGAUGACGAUUCUGCGUCUAAAAUGAAAAUCAAAGUAGAGCAGGAGGAAGAUUCGGAUACCGAGACGGAAAACAUAAAAGUGGUCCAGAUCAGCAACCACAGCGUGGGGAGCUGCACAGUACGUCGGAAAAUGUUUAGAAACAAUGUCGGAGAUAACAUGAGAUUUGACAGCGAGGAAGAAGCAGGAGUUUCUGCCGUAGAUGAUGGUGCUCUGGAAGGCCACAGUAAGGGUCCGGAAGCAAAGGUUUGCCGGAUUAAAGAGGAGAAGCAGGAUGGAGAGUGCACUCCGUGUGAGCUGUGUGGCGCCUUGCUAACCGAGGAGGAUCAAUCUGCUCAUUACAUCUCCAGCCACAUGGGACACAUAUGUGCCUGUGGAAGGUGUGGUCAGGUUCUGAUUAAAGGCAGGCAGCUGCAGGAGCAUGCCGAGCGCUGUGGAGAACCCCAGUGCGCUGAAACCGAUUCCCCAGGUGAAGAGAGCCCUUUACCGGAAGACACCCAGUCCAUGGAGGAAGGCUUGAUUGAAGGUGCAGACCUGGGUUUCCGUUGUCCUCUGUGUGGCCUGAUCUUCGAGACAGAAAGCCUGGCAGUGGAGCACACUCUGUCCUGUCCCGAGCAGGACUCAUUCCGUCCCGCCGCGAUGGAAGACGAGCCGGACCACCGGCGCAAGCACUUCUGCGCCAUCUGCGGCAAAGGGUUCUACCAGCGGUGCCACCUGCGUGAACACUACACCGUUCACACCAAGGAGAAACAGUUCACCUGCCAGACCUGUGGCAAACGGUUUCUGCGCGAGCGCCAGCUUCGGCUUCACACCGACAUGCACAAGGGGAUGGCACGCUACGUGUGUCCUGUAUGCGAUCAAGGCACCUUCCUGAAGCACGACCAUGUGCGCCACAUGAUCUCCCACCUGUCGGCCGGGGAAACCAUCUGCCAGGUGUGCUUCCAGAUCUUUCCCAGCAGCGAGCACUUGGAGAAGCACAUGGACGUUCACCUGUACAUCUGUGGCGUGUGCGGGGAAAAGUUUCGCCUUCGCAAAGACAUGCGAAGCCACUACAACUUAAAGCACACCAAGAGGCAGUAAACAGGGUAGAGGGUAUCAUAUGAUUUUGUUUUUGUUUUUUCUUUGGUUUCCUUUUUAAAUAAGCCAUUAUUUGUGAUAAAUGUGAGAAAUCUAUGCACUUAGACACCAAAUAACCUAUGAAACUGCACUUUUAAUGGUAUGCAUAAUCCAGGUGUUGUUGGAUUCGGUGCCUCGAGCUUUAGGCACACUCUAUUUGUUAAAUUUCAUUUAGUUUUACUCUACGUGUAACAUUUAAUAACUCAGAGAUAUGUCCUUAUAUAUUCUAGUAACUAGAACCGGUCCAUUUUCAUUUGAUGCUCAAGCUUUCUGCUUGUCUUACAGAAGUCAAGUAUUAAGCCGGCUUUACGCUGUACGAGAUUCAGCGUGGAUCUUUGCUGUUGCGUAUGUAAUUGUAAAAAAUCCUAACCUGAGGAUUUAAUGUCAUUACAAACAAGAACAACAUUUAACAACAAUGUUCUGUCAGAGUGAGACAAUAGUUUCCAAUUAAAAUCUCAUUCGCUGCUACAAGGUUUGUUUGAAAUCCAGCAAACGGAGUACAACGUAGGAGGACAGCUACAUUUUCAGCUACUUUUAACUUCGUCUAUAGCCCAAGCUCACGUAUUUGUCUUUAUGCAAAUCUGUUUUCCGCACUAGUGACUCUACGGCUCACGUCGGCUGCUGACGUGAGCAGAACAGCAUCGUUUUCUUUCAUCACGUGGUCUGUUAUAGAGUCCUGAUAAGAUUCGAUUACACCGCUAAUUUUGUUACAUCGCUGAAAUCGUACAGUUUGAAACCAGCUUUAGCAGGACUUUUUUUGGUGCUCUGUAUUUUUAUUUUCUGUGAUCUGUUACUGUUUUUAAUGAUGAUGAAUAUUUUUGACUGAUGGUCCACCUGGCCAGAUCUCUUCAGGUGCACCUCUUUUGGAGAUGAGAUUCUCUAAGCCUUAACUCAGAGGCUGUUUAGCAUUAAACUAUACUGUAUAAUUCCUUUUUUUUGUUUUCUACACAACAGAACACUAAAAUAUUGCAUUUAAUACAGUCUUGAAAACACUCUUGAAUGGACUCCUCUCGCUAGUUUGGAUUAUUUUACGUGGUCACGUUUGUCUUACACUUAAUCUGGGAUUUAAUGUAGAAAUCUAUGCAACUCAAGCUUAUUAUAAAUGAAUUUAUUCAAUCAAAAUUACAUUGUGUGUGCUGUCAAGUCAUUAAACCUUACCUACUGUUG